GAUUGCUUUGGAGAAGAUUUAUGCUGAAACGGAUUAUAAAGCUUCGUUCCCCCAAAUUCCAUGACAUUCCCGGUUGGUGUCUUGGUCAGUUUACUGUGAGCAGAACAAUUUACAUCGACAAGUUGGUCGUCAGUCUAUCAUAGAUGAUUCUGGGGUUUAUGCGUUUGAUAUGAGUGAGCCGCCUUCAAAGAAGAGAAAAACUAUUUUAGAUUUUUUCCGUAGAAAAGAAAAAGGUAAUAAGAAAGAUUCAGUGGAGAAGAAAGAAGCACCUUUAGAUUCUGUCAUGUCAAGCAGUGCAGAUUCUAAAUCAAAGGAAAGUCAGAUUACUCCUUCUGAUAAGCCCUCCAGCAGCAAAGACUUUAGUCGCUCUGUCUCAGAUGAAAAUAAGCAUGCACAGUCUGCAGUGGGACCUUUACAAGAGGGAGGUUCCUCAGUUUCUGGAGGGGCCUCAAUGUAUGGUGGGGCCUCAAGAAAAGGGGAUGUUUCAAGGACAGAUUCCCAGAAUAGUUACUGCAGCAGUGAUGGAGACCCAACCCAGGAGUAUGACAUGCUUCAAGACUUCACAGACCCACACAUUCCUGAUAUACCUGACCAUAAACCAAGUCAGAAAAGGGACGACAGCUUAUGGAAGGGGAAGUCACUGGGCAGCCUGUACAGAAACCCGCCAGAAAUGAAUCUUCUUCCUCCCCUCAAAAGUCAUCCCGAUCACCAUGUGCUGAUUAAACUCCCUUACAAAUAUGAUCCUAAAGAACGACCUCUUCCUCAUCCUCAUCACUACACGGAUAAAUGGGACAGUUAUCAUGUUAGGAUGCCAUGUUCUAACCAGAGUGAAUUCCCAGUCAACAACAAGAUAAGAAGAAGAUGGGAUAUAAUAGAAAGUGCUCUAAGGAAGCCUAUACCAGGACCAUUGGAGCUAGCAGAUGCCAUCAGUAAAUACAACACAAGGCUGACAGAUAAGAACUUCCGAGUACUGACAGAAUUUUGUUUUGAUAUUUUGUCAAAUUCAGAGAGAACACAGUUUUUUGACGUGAUUCUACCAAAGACGAUAAAACUUGCUCUUAGCCUGCCUCAUCUUAUCACUCAGCCCAUUCCUUUGUUAAAGAGGGAGAAGAACAAGAGCAUCACCCUAUCCCAGGAACAGAUUGCCUGCCUCUUAGCUAACGCCUUCCUCUGCACCUUCCCAAGAAGGAAUGCACGAGGAAAGUCUGCAGAAUAUCAUAAUUAUCCUUCAAUCAAUUUCAAUAGUCUGUACGAUGGAGACCCUCGUUAUCAAGACGUGAAAUUAGAAAAGCUAAAGUGCAUCUUUAAUUACUUUAGACGGGUCACAACAGCGAUGCCAGCAGGGGUUGUGACAUUUACACGACAGUGUGUGGACAAGUUUCCUGACUGGAAAAACCUGGGGGACACCCUGACAGACAUCCAUGUGUCUGCGGAGGGGACCAUUGAAGACGAUGGAGACGGGCUGUUACAGGUGGACUUUGCCAACAAGUACAUGGGGGGAGGGGUUUUGGGGAUGGGAGCGGUGCAGGAGGAGAUCAGGUUCCUGAUUUGUCCAGAGAUGAUUGUGACUCGAUUAUUUACCGAGUGUCUGGAGAAAAACGAAAGUCUGAUAAUGAAAGGCUGUGAAAGAUUCAGCAACUACUCUGGAUAUGCUGGUAAAUUUAAGUGGGCUGGAGAUUUUGUGGACAAAACUUUAAGGGACCAGUGGGGGAGACUGUUCACAGAUGUGGUGGCCAUUGAUGCCUUGAUUAUCAGGGAGUUCAGCCACCAGUUCAAGAUGGGCUCCGUCCUCCGGGAAAUUAACAAGGCGUACAGUGGGUUCUUUGUACCUCACUAUAACUUUGUCACCCAGCCACCUCUUCCUGCAGUGUGCACAGGGAACUGGGGCUGUGGAGCUUUUGGAGGAGACAAGAGACUCAAAGCUCUGAUCCAGUUGAUAGCGGCCACUCAGGCAAGAAGGGAAGUGUGUUACUUUACAUUUGACGACUCACUUCUGCGAGAUGAGCUUUAUGACAUUCACGUCUACCUGACGAAAACCAACCCUAUGGGAAUAGGAAAUAUCCUGACGCUAAUUGAACAAUAUGGAAAGAAGAUAACAGACUCCAAACAGUUCAAGAAGACAACAAACUUGUUUCAGUACAUACCGAAGGUGUUUGAUGGAACGCUUGAGAACACUGAUAGUGAGCCAGAGAGUCCUGGGUUUACUCGAUCGGACAGCCGGGAAAUGCAGUACCAGGGGGCCGGCGGGGAAGAUGAAUUAGAUGGACAUUCCAAUACAGCAGGGAAAUCCACCUUGCACAAGUCAAAUUCACUGGACUACAAAGCCCACACUCCUUAAAGAGGAAUGUUGUUCAUUUGCAAUUUCUGGGGAAGUUUCUGAAAUUAAAACUUUCCCUCAUGAUUUUGAUUAAGACAUGUACUGUGUAGUUCUCUCUAUUCAAUAGGCAGCAGCACCCAGAUUUAUGUGACUCGACUGUAGCACAGUCGGCCUACCUGUAGUAGUAGCAAGCUGAUUCUGACGGCCUGGACAUUGAGUAGAAAGGUUUUAUCUCCCAGUACAGACAGUGAAAUAGUCCAUUGUUUGUGUUGUGUAGUAAAUUUAAGUAUUCCCUUGAUUACCGAUUCUUUUUUUUUUUUUAUUGUAUUGAACAUUUUCCAUUUUGAUACCAGAACUAACAAUUACUGCACUAAAUGCUCCUUUUUUCUCAUUAGAUUUCCAUUUGUUACAUGUGUUGAAUACCAUUUUUUUUUUAAAUGAAGAAUAUUGUUAUCAUAUGGCAUAAUGUUUUCAUGUUUGAACACAAUAUUUUUUUUCAUUGCUGUAAAUUAAGGAUACGUGUACAUGUACAUUAUGUAUUUAUAUCAUUGUCUUGCAUAAAGUUUUCUGAACUUUUUAUCUUAAUUUAAAUGUCAUUAAAUUAUCAACAAAUUAA